AUGAAACGGCUUAAACUUAUAUUAGUCUCGUUUGUUCCAUCCUUCUGUUUGAUAGUACUAUUACUUGGUCACUCUGACUCUGGAAAGAAGGAACUUUAUUCCUAUUUUAAUAAAGAUUCUCCUAAGGUAGACUUUAUUAGUACGAUUGGCGUAGACUAUGCCGUGAAAAGUGUCAAAAUCGGUUUCAAAUUGGUAAAGGCUCAAAUUUGGGAUACCGCAAGUCAAAACAGAUUUAGAGGACUUUAUAGUUCAUAUUAUCGUAGUGCUGCAGGUGCAUUAUUGAUUUAUGAUGUUACUAAACGGCACACUUUCCAUAACGUCCGUAAUUGGGUUCAUGAUAUGAUGGCAGAUGCUGAUGAAAAUAUCGUGACAUUAUUACUCGGUAACACCAGCACAUGCAAUAAAGAUAAUACUAGAGCGGUAUCAGAGAAAGAAGCUAACAAAUUCGCAGAAGGAAAUGUUACAUUCUUCUCUGAAAUAUCAAUUUUGGAUAACGUUGCGAUUGAAAAUUUAUUCCGAAAUUUUGUGUCAGGUACUUCUAUAGCGUAA